AUGCCUGAGGAAUCUGACGCUGUAGGGUACGCCUCCUCCGACUGUUAUGAAGCAAUACAAAAUCAGCAGGAGGAAAUUGAAAAAUCGAUCAAGGAAAGUGGACCUCUCGUUAGUGAGCCAUUGCCGCUAGAUACACUUAAAAGCGACUUUGAUGGUCAUCGUGUAUAUUUGGAGAAGUUAGAAGUAUUAAAUACAAAAUAUAGCAAAAUUCGUCGGGUCCGUCGCGAUGGCAAUUGUUUUUAUCGUGCCUUCGGGUUCGCUUAUCUGGAGUACCUAAUAGAAGGAAGGCGAAUCGAAGAAGCAAAAAGAUUUAUUCGUUUCUGUGACGAAUGCAAAGACGCCCUCGUUUCCUUCGGCUAUAUUCAAUUUACUGUGGAGGAUUUUCACGAGCAAUUCGUCGGAAUGGUGGAAGACCUCGUUUUAAAUGAUGGCCAGGUUUCCGACUUAGAGGAACGUUUCAACAAUCAGUCCUAUUCUGAUUAUUACGUCGUCUUUCUUAGACUUGUCGUCUCCAGCUACAUGCAGAGAAACGAGGAAUUUUACGCAAAUUUCAUUUCAGAUGGAAAGACCGUGAAGAGAUUUUGUGAAACGGAAGUCGAGCUAAUGGGUUUGUCAAGCGACCAUGUUCACGUAUCGGCACUGUCACUGGCUGUGGAUGUUCCAAUUAGCAUUGAGAACUGUCAACAAUCGGGCAACUUGAAUACACUUGAAUUUCCAGGACGAGAGGGCGAGGCGGCUGGUGAAAAGGUUCCUGCUCCGGUUGUGCUAUUGUAUCGACCCGGGCACUAUGACAUUUUGUACGUUUAA